CGGUCGGUCGUGUCGCGCCGCGCCCCGCGUACUCCCGAGUGCUUCUGUGUCAGUGGAUUGAGAUUGUGUUACCGUGAUUAAUAUUCGACCUUCAUUUAUUCAUAAUAACGUUGCAAAUUUAAUGAUCUGACUCGAGUUUACAAUUAUGUUACGGAAUCGGGACGCUUAAUACGAUUCUGCGACAAGAUGCGUUGGGGCGGGCUUGGGGCCACGUGAUGUGCGCGCGGAGCAUGGCGCACCGCGUGGCGCUCUUCCUCCUCCUCUGCCUGGUGCGCUGCGACACCAAGACCGUCCAGCAGGAUAAACUUGCUGGGGUCCGGACGGUAGACGUCCAGGCAGUGGAGGGGAUGGUAGCCCAGUUCCCGUGUGACCUGGGAACCGCCGCCAACGACAAGGUCUACAUGGUAUUCUGGUUUCGCGAUGAUGCUGGCAUCCCUUUAUACAGUUUCGAUGUCCGAGGGAAGCAUCUCUCUGAGGCGCGCCACUGGUCCGCGCCGGAGGUGUUCGGGCCGCGGGCCCACUUCGUCACCUCCCCCCCGCCCGCGUCGCUGCUGGUGCGAGACGUCAAGCGGCGAGAUGAGGGCGUCUAUCGCUGCCGGAUCGACUUCCGCAACACCCAGACCACUAGCUUCAGAUACAACCUCACAGUUGUUGUACCACCCGAGAAGCCAGUGGUGGUGGACCGGUGGGGCCGAGUCAUCAACACCACGACUCUGGGGCCUCACGAGGAGGGCGACGACGUGCUCCUCACGUGCCGGGUUCUUGGAGGUCGUCCAGAACCGUCGGUGCGGUGGCUCGUCAACGGGGUGCUGGUGGACGAGGAGUACGAGCACAACACCGGCGACGUCAUCGAGAACCGGCUGCUGUGGCCGGCGAUCCGGCGCGCCGACUACGCCGCUGUGUUCACCUGCCAGGCGGCCAACUCCCACCUGGUGCCUCCCAAGGAGGUGUCUCUAGUCUUAGAUAUGUUUUUAAAACCUCUGACGGUGGAAAUAAAGAAGCCGUCAGAGAUAGGCGAGGGUGACUCGCUGACGGCGGAGCGGCGGUACGAGGUGGCCUGCGAGUCCGCGGGAAGCCGCCCGCCCGCUGUUAUCACGUGGUACAAGGGCAAGCGACAACUUAAGAGGAUAACGGAAGAACUACGGGACAACUUGACGGUGAGCGUGAUGAGCUUCGUGCCAACUCUGGAUGACGACGGCAAGCCGAUCACGUGCCGCUCCGAGAACCCCAACGUCACCACACUCUUUAUGGAAACCUCCUGGACUAUAAGUGUUGUUUAUCCACCAGUAGUGAAACUACGUCUCGGCAGCUCGCUGGCGGCGGGCGAUAUCAAGGAGGGCGACGACGUGUACUUCGAGUGCCACGUCCGCGCCAACCCGCCCGCCAGGAAACUGUCGUGGCUACAUGAUGAUCGGCCGUUAGCGCACAACGCGUCAGCCCGCGUGUUCCACAGCAACCAGAGUCUGGUGCUGCAGAAGGUGACGCGGCACAGCAGCGGCCGAUACGCCUGCUCCGCGCUCAACGCCGAGGGCGAGACCGUCUCCAACGAGCUGCACUUCAGGGUCAAAUAUGCGCCGUCUUGCCGCAGCGGCAUCGGCGUGACGGUGGUGGGCGCAGCACGGGGGGAGUCCGUGCCCAUAGUAUGCGAGGUGGACGCGGACCCCCCGGCCGCGGUCUUCAAGUGGAAGUUCAAUAACUCGGGGGAGACGCUCGACGUCGCUGCAGACAGAUACACCUCCAACGGCAGCGCGUCUAGUCUCAAAUACACACCAGUGGCUGACUUGGAUUACGGGACGCUGUCGUGUUCAGCGUCAAACGAGGUGGGCACACAACUCGCCCCGUGCGUCUUCCAGAUGGUCGCUGCUGGUAAACCGCACGCUCUCCGCAACUGUACGUUGUGGAACCAGACAGCGGAUUCGGUGGAGGUCUCGUGCGUGGCAGGCUUCGACGGCGGCCUGCCUCAGCACUUUCUCCUGGAGUUGUACUCUGAGGACGAUGACAAGCCCAGAGUAAACCUAACUUCGGAGGAGCCGUCGUGGACGGUGCGCGGGCUGGAGUGGGAGGUCCGGUUCCGGCUGGCCGCCGUCGCCGUCAACAGCAAGGGCCGGUCACCGGUCGCCAGGCUCGACGAUCUGCUCUUCAGAGACCCCGAGAAGAGAACAGCAUCAGAAGGGGCCCUAGGCGCAGGGGCGGCGGGGGCAGCAGGGGCGACAGUGGCAGGGGCGGGCGCCGCGCUGGCGCUGGCGGGGGCGGCGUGGAGGGCGGCGCGACGCCGGCGGCACCCGCGGAAGCAGCCACCCGCCUCACCGAGACCCAAGACCACGGAGCACGAUGAUGCUGAGCCAGACCUCAUACCUAACAACUACUGUGACACGUCAAGCGCGCCGUGCCUGGCAGCGUCGUCGCCGGGACGACCGGCGCCUGCGCCGCUACCUACACCGGCGAGUAACGGCCCUGGUGCGUCAUGGGCUUGGGGCUCGUCGACUCUGCGCGCGCCGGCCGACCUCAACGUCGACGCCAUCAAGGAGAAACUGCUCGACAACCGGAUCCCGGAGUCCUGCGUCUAAACCCUGGAAGACGUUGAAACACCCCCCAACGUUGAAACACCCCCCGACGUUGAAACAUCCCCCGGCGUUGAAACAGCCCCCGACUUGAAACACCUCCCCAAAGUUGAAACAGCCCCCGACGUUGAAACACCUCCCCAACGUUGAAAUGCGUAGUCACAUUACAUUUUGUAUUACACUCUUAUUG